AUGAGAUUGUUCGAAAGAAUAGUGUUUAAAAAAGAGAUCUCAUCAGAACUAAAACAAUUAAUAAAAUCUGACCAAUUCGCAUAUAAGGAAGGUACCAGCGCAACUGAUGCUCUUAUUAUGUGUCACCAUAAAUGGCUAAAUUGGCUGGAUGGUGAUGUUGAUCAUGUCAGGGUGAUUUCAUUCGAUCUCAAGAAAGCCUUUGAUUCCGUUUCUCACAACAUCAUUUGCAAGAAGCUAGGAAAAACCAACAUUAAUCCAUAUGUAAUAAAUUGGAUUAGAAAUUUUUUGACUGAUAGGAGACAAAGAGUAAUAGUAAACGGAAUAGAAACAAAUUAUGUAGACAUAAACAAAGGAGUACCGCAAGGCACAGUUCUUGGACCAUUUCUAUUUUCCUUAAUGAUAAAUGAUCUAACAGUCAAAGAUCCAAAUAACAACAUACUAGUCAAAUUUGCAGAUGAUAUGACUGUUAGCGCUCCAGUGAAAAAUAAUUAUGACUCCGCACUAGCUGAGGUAGACAAUAUUGAAAAAUGGACGGAAACAAACAGAAUGUCAUUAAAUCUAGAUAAAACAUGGGAAAUGGUUGUAAGUGGCAAAUCAACAAAUCCUUUACCAGAACCAAUAACGGGUAUCGAACGCAAGACUUGGCUGAAACUAUUGGGAACCACACUGCAGAAUGAUCCAAAUUGUUGGGACCUUCAA